UGAUUUAUUAAUCUACCACUGCUUAUUUGUGUAUUGGUAAAUUAGAUAUCAACAAAAGUUUCAUUUGUUUGUUGCAUGAACCCAUUUGUGACUUAGAAUCAAUGCAAAAAACUUGCUGUAGUCAGAAUGGCCAUUAGAACUUUUCAUCUGUUCAGCAUGUAUAUUUAAUCAAUAUUAGAUGCAUUAAUGAUCAGGCUGAGCACAAGAAAUAUUGGCAUGAGGUGUCAUGGAGUCUUCAUUGCUGCAGAGAUCUGCAGAUCACAUUGCAAGAAAUUCAGGGCUCUGCAAUGAUUCAGCAUCUGUAACAACACCACUUCUUGAACCUCAGAGAGAACAGCUAACAUUCAACAUCACUACUGAAGGUCUGCCACCAGAAUCUCUGGCACUUCUAGAACACAUCAAACAGGUUGCUGAGAAUGUUUUGUAUCACUGGAAAACAUUUCCUGUUGCUCUGCCUCCUCCUCUGGCCGUGCAAGCUGACGUGUCACCAAGAACUGGUGGAACAAAGAAUUCCACCAAACCUUUAAUCCUGAGGGACGCCUUUGUGCCUCCCUCAUUUGAUGAACUUGAUGCUGUUGCUGUUGACAGCAAAGGAGACCCAAAGCAGCUUGAUGCUACUCACCUCUCCAGCAUCAGGAAGACUGGGAGGUUCUCCGUGCCUUCCCUACACUUCCCCCAGCAGGAGCAUGUGUGGCAACUUGCGUCGUGGCUGCAGAGGGGCAAGCAUAAUAUCAGGGAGACUCUGCUGGACGACAUGGCGGCGUCGGCUGCCAUCAUCGUGGUGUUGGCCAAGCGACGUGUGACGGGCAAGAACUUCUCGCUGUGGCAUGCGGCAUACAGCGUGGCACACGGCCUAUACAUGAUACUGGACCUGGUGGUGGGUGUGCCGUGGCUGAGCAGCGACCACCUGCCUGCACGGCUACAGGAGGAGCGCAGCAGCCACCUCGUGCAGGAACUCUCUGCUAUUGAUACGAGCGUGGAAGGUGUGUGUGGGUGGCUGAGUGAAGAGGUACGCAGAGUGGCGGUAGAGAAAGGGCCUUUGGGGCGAAACAAGCAACCGCCCCUGCCAUAUGUCUUUGUCACGCCGCAGGGACAACAAAUUGACCUCAGACUCUAUAACAGAUUCGACUCGGGGGAGGACCGCCCCCCCACGCACCUCAGAUGGGGGGGCAAAGACGUCGUUCUGACGCAGGACGCCCUGCGCCUCCUCGCCGCCAUGGCGCCCCUGCGCCGCUACAGCCUCGGCCUUGCCGAUCAAUUAUCCCUUUAA